UGACAGAUAUAUGCACUAUGCACAUCAAAAAUGUAAAUAAAUAAACAACUAAAAUAGGUAUUUUUAUUUGUUGAUAACUUCCUGAUGGAUAAAUUAACUCUAAUAUCGGGUACUCUUUUUAUGGCAGCUGAUAUUUUUGCCAUUGUGAGUUUGGCAAUGCCAGACUGGAUCAUCACAGAUGUAGGAGGAGAUACUAGACUAGGUCUGAUGUGGACAUGCAUGACACUCUAUAACAGACCACAAGUUUGUUUCACACCAGAUCUACAACCUGAAUGGUUAUUGGCAUUGGUAUGCAUUUUUGUUGGUUGUAUUUGUAUUACCACAACAAUUAUACUGCUAGCUUCAUCCCAUUGGGAUAGAAACGUUGUUCCAUAUGCUAGAUGGGUUGGAUUCACUGCAAUGGUUCUUUUCUGCUUGGCUGCAGUUAUUUUUCCAAUGGGUUUCCAUGUAGAUGAGAUAGGUGGCCAACCAUAUCAGCUUCCUGGCAGCCACCAAGUUGGUAUUUCUUAUAUUUUAUUCAUUUUAGCUCUCUGGAUAACAGUCAUCUCAGAACUAUUUGCUGGGAAAGUGUGUCUACCACAUUUUUAGAGUUGAGUGUUUCCUAUUGUAACAGGUUUAGUUACAGUUGUUUGAUACAUAGUUAUGCAAUAUGUGAAAAUGAGAUUUUUCUAAGCAAUCACACAUUCCAUAUUCCCACUUCAUGGGACUUUGUUAGAGCUUAAGUAAUACCAACUAUUAUUAUGUAGUAGGUAUAGUCCAGCUGAUUUGAAACUAGUAGAUACUAGGUCUAUGUGGGAAAGAAAGAGUAUAACACAAACUGUCUCUUGAGUGAUGAGUGAAUACUGACAAUACUGUGUACUGGAUUCACCAAUUCAGUAAGUAUUUCUCUGUCUCACCUUGUGGAAUCUUCCACAAAGGAAUAUACAUGCAAGAAAUGAAAUUUGUAAAUGACCUAAAGAUAAAAUCAAAGUAA